GAAGCUGCAAAGGGCGGAGAAGAAGGCAGAAGGCAUAGAUGAAUUGGUAUGGAAGAGCCUAAAUUUUUUUUUUGAUACUACGAAAGGAACUAACCGUUAACAAUGCGCUGCUGCAGAAAGCGGAGAUCGCUUCUCUUCAAAGACACAACUCCCACCUUCAAACACGCACCCACCGCAGCAAUGCCAGUAUCUCCGUCCCUGGUCCCUCCGAAUCCCCUCCUUCCGAUCUAAUGCAGCAGUUGGAAUCCAAGGCUGCCGCGAUGGAAGCCAUGGAGCUGGAAAUUUCCAACCUCCGUGCCCAGGUGUCUUCGCAGAAUGCGCACGAAACGCAGAUAACAGCCCUCGAAGGGAAACUCUCGCAGAGCGAAUCCGCCUUGGAGAAAUCCCAGCGUGAACUUGCGGACGUCAAAAGUGCCCUGACCCGCGCUUCCGAAAAGGCAGUUAGGGAAGGCGUGGACAAGACCUCCACCGAAACCCUAAUCAAGACUCUACAGCGGGAGGUUGAGGAGCUGAAACAAGAAAAGGCCGAGGGCGAGAAGAAGAUCGAAAGCCUCGAGAAGAAACUGCAAGCAAUUGGAAACCUACACAAGGAGUCUGAAUCACGACACCAGGCCCGACUCCGCGAGAGCGAAAAGUUCGAGAAGGAAGCUGCCGUACUACGGAAAAAGCUGGCCAGCGUCGAGAAUGAGAAUCUGCGACUCAAGGAAGAGCAAGAGGCUCUCAGGAAGCGCGAAGCCGGCGGCACUGACGACGACGCCAUUGACGAGCUCGAAGACGAAGAACGAUCCCGACUCCAGCGCCGAAUCCGCGAGCUAGAGGGCGAAGUCUUCGAUCUUCGUCGCGGGGUAUGGCAAGAAAAGCGCCAGGAGCUCGUACAGGGAGAGGACACCGGGAUCGUCGCACCCGACUAUCCAUCGUACAACCCUAACCCCGCCGCCAACGCGUUCGACGACGUCGACCUCAUCGGCGGAAGCCCCGAACACGCUCGUCGUCGCAGCAUGGCCCACCAGCAGCAACACUCUUCCUUCUCCACCGUGCUGUCCAGUGGCAUAGCAGCCUUCACAGGCGGAAAUGCCCUCUACGGGAAUCGCGGCCGCGCGCCAUCGAAUCAGCACCAACAUCCACCUGCCACGCGCGGCAGUCUCGAGCUCCUCUCGGAGGAGAACUUUGACGACGAAUUCGACGAAGCAGAAUUCGCGCGCGCACAGGCCGAAGAAGAGGCCCGCAAGCGUGUUGAAUGGGUCCGCGAGAUCAAGCGGAAGCUCCGGGAUUGGAAUGGCUGGCGGCUAGAUCUUGUUGAUAGUCGGGCCGGCGCCGAGGGAGCGGGAGUUGGAAUGGGUGAGAUUUUUGAAAUAUAGAGCCAAAAAAAAAAAAAAAAAAAAAACAUUAAAGAAUAAAGAAGGGAGAGGGACCAGCCACUUGAUAUUAUAUAGUAUAGUUUAUACCAAUGCCAUGCCCAUGAUUUCGAUGUUGUAAUGCAAGUCGCUUGCCUUUCUUCUCACAUUUCCUCUCUCAUCAAUGAGGGUCUGCAUCCUCUCGUAACCCAGGAUUCCUCCGGACCUGCGUGAAGAAGAAAUAUUUGAAAAUCCUCUCUUAUCCUGAACUAUCUAUCAAGACUUCACUCGACUCAUAUCCGCAACUCAGAACUGAGCUUCGUUGAAAUCCGUGGCGGUGGCUGUAAUUGGCGCCGUCAUGUUGUAGAUUUCGGUCCGGAGGCUCUCGAUUUCGAGCCGGACGUUGAUUAGUGGGCUCUCUGCUGCGAAUGACAUUAUUGUCUUAUCUUCGGACUAGAAACUUCUGAAGAUGGAUACAAUCCUUGCUUGCAAACUAACAAGCUGAG